CAUCGCGCUGCGGGGAGCCGCGCUACCGCCGGCAGGAAAUUCAGUCAUUGACAACUGAUGUUAUUCUGUGGUCUCUGUUUGUCCUGAGUAUCCAGAGAAACCAUGCCAUUUUUGGGCCAAGACUGGAGGUCUCCUGGAUGGAGGUGGGUUAAAACAGAAGAUGGAUGGAAACGAUUUGAACCUUUUGGAUCUGCGCUUCAGGGUGGAAACAGUCAGCUUAAUGACAUCAGUCACACUGUUAUCUUAACUGGCGGUGAUGAUGAUGAAAUGUAUGCUUCUGAGGACUGUGAAUUUGCAGCCAAGAAAAGGAAAAAAGAUCACUGUAGAAACAACACGGAUUCACAAUGUUUUUAUCGUGAAAAUUGGAUUUAUGUUCAUAAGGAAAGCACCAGAGAAAGACAUGGCUAUUGCACUUUGGGAGAAGCUUUUAAUCGCCUGGAUUUUUCAAGUGCAAUUCAGGACAUCAGAAGGUUCAAUUAUGUGGUCAAACUUUUGCAGCUGAUUGCAAAAUCCCAGUUGACAUCACUGAGUGGUGCAGCACAGAAGAACUACUUCAACAUUUUAGACAAAAUUGUGCGGAAAGUCAUGGAAGACCAUCAUAACCCACGAUUAAUCAAAGAUCUUCUACAGGAUUUGAGUUCCACUCUCUGUAUACUGAUCAGGGGAGUAGGAAAAUCCGUUCUGGUAGGGAACAUUAAUAUUUGGAUGUGCCGAUUAGAAACCAUCCGCUUGUGGCAACAGCAACUAAAAAACCUUCAGAUGAACAAGCAAGUCAACAAUGGUCUUACGCUCAGUGAUCUUCCUCUGCAUAUGCUGAGUAACAUCUUACACAGAUUUUCUGAUGGCUGGGACAUUAUUACGUUGGGUCAAGUGACCCCAACUUUGUACAUGCUCAGUGAAGACAGACAGUUGUGGAAAAAACUCUGCCAGUACCAUUUUGCAGAAAAGCAGUUUUGUAGGCAUUUGAUUCUGUCAGAGAAGGGUCACAUUGACUGGAAGCUGAUGUACUUUGCACUUCAGAAAUACUACCCAAAAAAGGAACAGUAUGGAGACACCUUGCAUUUCUGUCGACACUGUAGUAUUCUGUUUUGGAAGGACUACCAUCUUGCUUUGUUACUCAAGGAUUCGGGACACCCCUGCACAGCCAGUGACCCAAACACCUGCCUCACUCCAGUAUCUCCUCAGCAUUUCAUUGAUCUCUUCAAAUUUUGAGAUGCUCAGUAGCUGUUUUCCUGUGUUGUGGUCACUUUUUUUGUGAGGAGUCGGGCAGGACGUGUUAUGCUAUUUAUGCAGUGUAUUUGUUUUGUUGUGGCUCAAAAUGAGAUGGGGAGCUUAUCAGGCAGGUGUACUUGAAGUGGUGUUUUUCAGCAGAGAAAAGCUGAGGAGAGGACAUUAAGAACUCUUUGAAAAAUCUGUUGAUAAUUUUAAUCUCAAUUUUAAAUCCAUUUUGAUGCCUUAAUAACUGGUUAAAAUUAUGUGAGGGAAUUAUGAAGAUUUCAUGAAGUUAAACUAUCCUUUCAGGACCAAAUGACUUUUGUUGUUGCUGAUUGUUCUUCCUUCAGGCCACUGUUUCCAAAACAUUUCCACGUAACUUGCACUGUUAUAAAAAGCAGGCUAAUAAUUCCCUUGGAGUCAAACCAGUUACCAACAAGGCAUUAAUCAUUGUGAGCUAGUGAAUAAAGUGUAGCUGUGGGUGGACAUACAAAUAGAGGAAAUUGACCAAUUUUUAUAUAUAUGUUAUGCAAAAAUAUUUAUUUUCCUAAGAGGACUUUAUUAAAUCUGUAACCUAUCUCAGCAUAUUCCAUAACUGAAAACAGAGACGGGGCUACUGGAAGUGACUUCUGUACUUGUUGCUACAGCUUUCCUUUAGACUGCUCAGUAUGUCUACAAAUGCAACUGCAUCAAUUCAUCUUCUAAGAAGAAGACAGCAUUACUGGAAUUUAAUGACAGUGGAGUUGCCUGCUUCUAGACUACGGCAGGACACAGUGGGACAAACUGAGGCUCUAACCUGACUUUGCAAGCUGUGGAAAUCUUGGAAGUUAGUCUGAGCAGGAGCACCUUCUGCUAGGUGAAUCAGGAAAUAAAUUCCCUGGGAAGCAUCUUAUUCUAAUCUGUAGUGCAAAAGGAAUUGCCAAGCUUAAAGAGGUACAGGAAAAAAAUUGCAGGAAUUUUGGUUUUCUUGAUGAAAUUUAAUCAAUAAAAGGUAAUGUACAGAAAAAUAAAACUUACUCUAUUCUGCAGUUCCUUGUUCUGAAUCUAGUUUUGCACAGUGUAAUAAAUCAUGUUUUUUAUUACUCCUUCAAA